UAUUUUUUAUUGCUUCUUAAAAGGAACUUCUAACCAGAUUCUAAUUAGUGAGCAUAUACCAUUAACGAAUGAUAUGCGCAACUGCUGUGAGCGAAAGAGAAUGGAGUUCAAAAGUGGAAUUUACUACUAACUGGGUAUCCUGUGAGAUCCCUCACUUUCCGCAAUGGUCGUUUUUUUUUUUUUGUUUGUUACUGUUAACAUUAGGUGCUCUUGUAAUGACGUAAUGGCUAAUUAACGUGCUCAGUGUGACAUUCGCGGCUUCUCCUCGCUUGAACGUAAGCUGGUUGUAGGCUGUCUUAAGAGGUAGUAACCACGCCCCUGAGAUUGUUUCCAUUAUUUACUGCCCACUAGGGGUAGUAGACAGCUGUAUUUUGUUUGUGUGUCGUGGACGUUCUCUUGUCUUGGGUAACUCUUUGGUUGUAGUUCGGAGGGUGGUUUUCUUCAUCCUAGGGCUAUGUUUAAUGGAUGGUAACGGCAUGUUGGCGUAAACCUCGUGAUAUUUAUUUCGCAUUAGAAGUUAGUUGUAGAAGUUUCUCGCUAGUGGCUUUUUUCUUUUUGUAAUAUUUCUUUACUACAUUUGGGUUAGGAGGGGCCUCUGAGCUAGAGGAGCACUGUAGUAGCAUUGUAUUACUUUAGUAAGCCUGCUUCUGAAUUGACAGGCCAGAGUCUGCAGGUUUCUGAGAGUGUGCUAGAUUUUUUUAUCUUUUAACUACUUACUAGUAUUAGCUAAAAGACAUGGUUCACUUGACAAGUUUUGCACCGCCAACAGAAGGAGUCCGGCAACAGCAACCAGAUACGGCAGCAAUCGUGGGGGGCAACGAUCUAGGUCCUGGAACUCUGUACGUGGCAGAGAGUCGGUUGUCCUGGUUUGAUAAAGCUGGAAUGGGCUUCUCUUUGGAAUAUCCUUCUAUUAGCUUGCAUGCUAUCUCCAGAGACCUUCAUUCCUAUCCACGAGAGCAUUUGUAUGUCAUGGUAAAUGGCAGCCUUACAGAACAACCCGAUGAAACGGCUAUGGCAGAGGAAGAUGAGGAGGAAGAGGAAGAGAGUGAUGAAGAUUCUGAGUCGAUUACAGAGAUCCGCUUCGUACCAAGUGACAAUGCUGCAUUGCAGCCUUUGUUUUCGGCAAUGUGUGAUUGUCAAGCCUUGCAUCCUGAUCCAGAUGAUGAAGACUCUGAGGAGGAUUUUGAGGAUGAGUAUGAUGUCGAAGCUAAUGAACAAGGACAGGGUGACAUUCCUACAUUUUACACCUACGAGGAAGGAUUCUCCCAUUUAACCAUUGAAGGCCAAGCUACCUUAGAGAGGCUUGAAGGCAUGCUGGCACAAUCUGCUAACCAAUUCCAAAUGGCUGGAGUGAGAACAGAUAGUAGUGGGCGAGAUAAUGAAGAUGGCAUGGAUGUGGAUAUGUCAGGCACUCUUACAGGGCAGUUUGAAGAUGCUGAUGUUGAUCACUGAUAUGACUGAAGAUUCUUUCCUGGUCAAAAUGUCUGCGUAGCAUGGACUUUGUGGCGUUUUAAAGCAUCAAGUUAACCAAUGAGCUCCAUUUUUCCAACAGAAGUUAUAUUUGUUCAGGGUUUAACGUUUGCACUUCUAAUAUACUAGAUUAACAUGAUUUAAAUUAAGGUGUAAAUGUUGAUUUUCCAUACUGAAAGUGGUUACAGUUUGCUCAACAGAUCACAGAAUGGCCAUUGCCUCUUGACUGAUUUGAGACGUGAGCAAAUAUUUUGAUCAAUUUGUUUCAGCAGGACUCUACAGUGGUUAAUUGUAGGGUAAGGAUGCAGAUUUUUAGCAGGAUUAAUACAGUAAUUAGGAUACGAAAAAGGUACCUUAAUUUCCUGCUCAGAAGUUCAUGUUUUACUGUAUAUAGCACUUCGGCAGUCUUCAGCUUUGUAGUUUCAGCAUUAUAAGAGUGAAGACGUUAAAGGUGUAAAUGUGAUCAGAAUCGUUUUAUGCUGUUACGUCUUUAAUAAACAUUGCAAUUUAACUUGUUAAAUAAACCACUUUUUGUAAUGAA